GCCCGCGGGGCGGGGUUGGGCCACGCCUCCCCCCUCCCCACCCCGGGUGCAGGCUGGCGAGCUGGCUUGUCUGAUGGGCUGGAUCGAGCCCUCCUGGGAGGCAGCAAGGCCGGAUGGAGUCGGGCCUCAGCAGCAGCAGCAGCAGCAGCAGCGCCCGUCCGAUGCCCACCUGGGCAGGGAUCUCGUGGGCGAGAGCAGCCGCUGAGCCGGCCCCAAAGCUCGGGGAAGCUCCACAGCGCCGUGGCCUUUGGCAGCCUGAGCCGGCGCCCCUGUUUCUUCCCCACCACACGACCUGGCUUCUUGAUCAACGCCACUUUUUGUGAACAGCUUGGAUCUUGCAGAGGGAGGGAAUAAGAGAGUCUUUGCCAAUUUGCCUCCAAAAUCAGAGGGUUUUUUUUUGACCAAAAUACAUCCCUGGGGCCGAGACCAUCUGCCAGUGGUGACUUUUCCUUAGCGACUGUUCGGGGUCCGAGCUGUGCGGUCCUCAGUUGAUUCGGAGGAGGGGGAGGAGGCCUCCGUAGUCACUGGCUCAGCCGCGGGAGGAGGUGGUACGGAAUGUCUACGAACAUUCCAGAGAUGCAGCCCCUUAAAAGGAGCCGCCGGAGAAGAAGUGCCAGCCAUGCCGCCCGGCGGCCCCACAGCAGCCUCUCCCCUGGAGCAGCUCUCUGUCGCCGGCCCCCCUGCAGCACCUGGCGAGGAGGACCCCGAGGACCCCGAGGCGGCGGUGACGGCCCUUUCCCGCACCAUCCGCCUGUACCGGCCUCCUGGCGGCCUCCUGGGCUCCCAGCCGCUGGUCUUGCUGCUGCCCUGGCUGGGGGCCCAGCCCCGCGCCCUGGCCAAGUACCUCGCUCUCUACCUGGCGCAUCGCUGGGCCGUGCUGGUGGUGGAGAGCAGCCUGGGCCACUUCCUCUGGCCCCGCUGGGGGCUGGCCUACGCGGCGCAGGUGCUGGGGCUCCUCAGGGAGGGGCGGGCCUUGGGCACCCAGCCGCUGCUCAUCCACGCCUUCUCCAUUGGGGGCUACACGUUCGCCCAGAUGAUGGUGCAUCUGGCCGGCCACCCUGAGCAGCACACUGGCGUCCAGCAGCGCAUCCGUGGCCUCAUCUACGACAGCCUGGUUGCAGGCAGCGUGGCUGACAUGGCACUGGGUGUGGCCCGCAUCAGCAGCUCCUCCGCCCUCCUCCGCCCGCUCAUCCACCGAGGGACCCUCCUGUACUUCCGCCUCUUCCGCCGCUGCACCGUGGCCCACUACGCGGCGGCCCUGGAGGUCUUCCACCGCCCGCCCCUCCGCUGCCCCGUGCUGGUCUUCUACUGCCACAACGACCCGCUGAGCGAUGCCCGCCUGGUGCAGCAGCUCCUGGGCAGCUGGCAGGCGGCAGGCAUCCCGGUGCAGGUGCAGGGAUGGGCGGUCUCGGGGCACGCCCAGCACCUGCGCCUCCACCCCCAGGAGUACAGCCAGGCCCUGGCCACCUUCCUCCAGCAGCUGGACUUGCCCCCUCUCAGACUCCAGGCUAAACUUUAGCAAGCGGAUGUGCGCGGGGUGGGGGUGGGGGGUGGAGGAAGGGUUCUGUGUUGCCUCGAGGAACUCCCCACCAGGGCUGGCUGGAAAGAGCGGGGGUGGGGGCGCGGGUUGGCCAUCACAGCGGGAGGAGCAGACUCCUUUGGGAGGAGGGGUGACCCCCACCCUGCUCCCUGGAGGACCACGCAGUGGCGGGGGCCACGUGCAAGAGCUAAGCAGAGUCCAGCAGCACAGGAGUGGGGCAGCUGGGGGUGGGGCAGAUUUGGGUCAGGAGGACCAUGGUGCUGGGGGAGGGUUGCUCACCCUCCCUCCCCCAUUCCCUCCCCUAAAACCAGCCUACAAGCUGCUUCUGGCCCAGGGCUCGGCCCAGGUCCACCAGCAGCGUCUCCUGCUCAGAGGGCUGCUCCUCCUCCUCCUGAGCAGGGUUGGGCCCAAGGCAGAGCCCUCCUCGCACCAGCACCUAGUUUCCCCCAAUCCCCCGAAGCGGGCAGCUGCUGGCCUGGCCGCUAGGCGGAGCGCAUAGCAACCACAGGGCUCCUGCUCACCUGGGAGGGGGGAUCUGGCCCCUCCUGCCACCACAGCCUAGACCAGCCUUUCUCAGCCACCAGUCCAGGAGGCAUCACUAACAACGCCCCCUCCUCAAAAACAGAGUUUUGGGCCGGCGGAGGCCACUGGGAGCUCGGUUAGUAAGGGGGUCGCCCACCUCCAGGCACCCCCCCUGCAAACAAAC